AUGUUGAUGAUGAAUAAAAAUAAAAAUAAGAAAGAGAAAACAACUCAUAAUUUUCGUGCUCCAGUUUCAAAAGCAGAAGAAAAAAAAGAAAAAGUAAAAAGCAUAUUUUAUGCUCAAUUAAUUCUACAUAAAAGCUCCGAAAAGCCAACAGAAAACGAGAUAAUUUCAUUCUCCGUUUAUAGAGACUUUUGCUAG